GAUCCAUACCGACACGUGUCGUGUUCUCGCUGCCUUCUCACGUACGCAAUAUUUUCUCUUUCUCUCACUCUCUCUCUCUAUCCGAACGACGAAAUCGGCUGCUAGGGUUUGCCGAUCCCGAUCCCGAUCCGAGACCAGCCCCACCCAUAGCCGGCGCACGAAUCCGCCACCGGGCCAGCGGGGAAUCGGAGAAUCGACGAUGUCGUCGGCGAAGAAGAUCACCCUCCGGAGCUCCGACGGGGAGUCGUUCGAGGUGGACGAGGCGGUGGCCGUCCAGUCGCAGAUCAUCAAGCACAUGAUCGAGGACGACUGCGCCGACGGGGAGAUCCCGCUCCCCAACGUCACCAGCCGGAUCCUGGCGAAGGUCAUCGAGUACUGCAAGAAGCACGUCGAGUCCGCCAAGCCCGACGACCGCACCACCGAGGACGACCUCAAGGCCUGGGACGCCGAGUUCGUCAAGGUCGACCAGGCCACCCUCUUCGAUCUCAUCCUGGCUGCACACUUUUUAGACAUCAAGGGCUUACUGGAUCUGACAUGCCUGACUCUGACAGACAUGAUCAAGGGGAAAACUCCAGAGGACAUCCGUAAGAGUUUCAGCAUCAAGAAUGAUCAAGAGGAAGAGGUUUAUCGCAGAAUCAGUGUAAUUUUGAAUGAAAGUGUAUCUCUCGAACAAAUCUGAAUGGGCAGUCCGCCUGUCUCCCUCUGUUAACUGGAAUCUGCACUUGUGGACUAUGUUAAUCAUGCUACUUUUGAAUGUGAAUGCGUGAGAAAUUAAACGUGUCCUUUACUGGAGGAAUGCAGUGAUAUUUGUUCAGUUUACA